AUGGACAAAACAAGCGGUGGUGGUGUCAGAGGGGAAGGUGAGAAGAAGGCUGCUGCAGCGUGCGACGUGGAGGCGCUGCGCAAGUGCCUGCAGGAGAACAAGGGUGAUUGUGUCAAGUGCCAGGCUCACAUCGAUGCCUUCCGAUCCUCGUGUUCUGUCAGCCCCACCACUACCUCUGACAGCCAUCCUGCCUUAAAAGCCAAACAUUGA